GCUCAGGCUGCGUUCCCCAUAGCUCUACGUUUCACUAGAGUGCAACACAACUCUGCCUCAACGGACUGACACAGGAUUAAUUUUUUCUUCUGCCAAACAUCAGCAGUGAACAAUUCUAACAACAUCAACCGUCUUAGAAACCACAAAGAAAGGACCCUGACCAUGUGCUCUGUGGCUAGGAAGUCUUGUUCAACCACAGAAAGCCAGCUUCAGCCCAACUCACCCUGAUACUUGGUUUGAAUAGGAAAGAAAGUGCCAACUGUACUAGUGGGCUGUGUAUUGAGAGGACCAUGGGGGCCAAGCAGUCUAGAAGUUUCUCCAGAGAAGAGUUGAGUCAGGUGAGUGUGAGUCAGGGAAGGAGGACCCCCGGAAGAGACGACCAUCCCAGUCUGUCAUCUGCCGCAGAGAGGAUCCGCAAAAACACCACCACGCACUUCGGCUACAGCACCCUCAGUAUGUCCAUGCGUGGGCUCGACGAGAUGCCUGCCGAGCUGUGGGAACUGAGAGAGCUGGAGAAACUCAACCUCUCCCUGAACUACUUGUGUGCUCUCCCUCCAGCAGUGGGCACUCUGGACAACCUGGUGAUCCUCAACCUGUGGGGAAACAACCUGACGUGCCUGCCGCCUGAAAUCGGCCUGCUCAAGAAGCUCCGCGUCCUCUUUGCUUACCGCAACCAUCUGAGUGAGGUGCCUGAGGAGCUGGGCUCCUGUACCCGCCUGGAGGUGCUCAGCCUGGCUAACAACAAGAUCACGGGCCUCCCUGGCAGCCUGGCGGCCAUGCGCAACCUAACCAAGCUCAACCUCAGUCACAACCGCAUGGCCCACAUCCCCACCUGCGUCUACAGUAUGAAGGGUCUGGUCUUCCUUCACCUGGCGUGCAACCGGCUCGAGAACAUCGCCGACCAAAUCCAGGACCUGGUCAACCUGAAGAUCCUCAUCGUGGAGGGGAACAGUAUCCACGUGCUGCCUAAGACCCUGUGCUUCCUGGAUACGCUGGAACUGUUGAACGUGGACUUUAAUGACCUGCAGAGUGUGCCUGUGGAGAUGUAUCAGCUGAGCCGACUGGGUAAACUGGCAUGUCAUCCAAUGGAUAAAGGGCUGCACAUUGUCCAUAACCCCCUGCUCAAACCUAUUCAGGAGGUGCUGCAGGGAGGCCUUAGUGCUCUCUAUAACUACCUCAAGCCUGGAUGAGGGAAACGAGUGUAGUUUAUGAAUGUGUAUGUGUUUGUGUGUGACUGCGUGUGUGUGUGUGUUCCUUGUACUCAUAUCAGUGAUGUUGUUCAACGCUUAUGUAUAAGUAUAAGAUCUGAUUACCGAGAGAUUAACUGCAAGGAUGGGAUCACCUUUUGUAAUUGUGACCUUGCUGUACAGAUGAGAUGAUAAAAUGCUUUCUGAGACUGCCAGGUGUAAAUGAAUGAAUUUUCCUGUGACACAUGAAUACCAUGAAAACCAUGUCAAAAGUCUGUAUAAUCCAUUAAUUCGAGUUUCACAAUUCACCGAUUCACCCCUCUAGUUUGGGGUAGCUCCUUUUCCCUUCUCAGUUGACUUAGUUGGUCCCAUCAGUAAAAGGGCAGUUGGGUGUGUGGGCCAGUGACAGCACGCACCCCUUCCCCCUUUCCCAUCCAGGUGAUGAGGAUCAGGUAUGGGGAGUGGAGACCGGCAAUGGAAACUGUGUUGGUGAGGGCUUUACAUCCAAACAAAAGCAGGUCUUAGACUCUGAUUAAAUGUUCCACUCCAACACAUCAACACCCUGGUCAGAAGCAGCCCCUGAAGUGGCGG